AUGGCGUGGCAGGGACUGGCGGCCGAGUUCCUGCAGGUGCCAGCGGUGACGCGGACCUACACCGCGGCCUGUGUCCUUACCACCGCAGCUGUGCAACUGGAGCUCCUCAGCCCCUUCCAGCUCUAUUUCAACCCGCACCUCGUGUUCCGGAAGUUUCAGGUCUGGAGGCUCGUCACCAACUUCCUCUUCUUUGGGCCCCUGGGAUUCAGCUUCUUCUUCAACAUGCUCUUCGUGUUUCGCUACUGCCGCAUGCUGGAGGAGGGCUCCUUCCGUGGCCGCACGGCCGACUUCGUCUUCAUGUUUCUCUUCGGGGGCGUCCUCAUGACCCUGCUAGGGCUCCUGGGCAGCCUGUUCUUCUUGGGCCAGGCCCUCACUGUCAUGCUGGUGUAUGUCUGGAGUCGCCGCAACCCCCGAGUGAGGGUCAACUUCUUUGGCCUCCUCACCUUCCAGGCACCAUUCCUGCCCUGGGCACUCAUGGGUUUCUCACUGCUGCUGGGCAACUCAAUCCUUGUCGACCUGCUGGGGAUUGCUGUGGGCCACGUUUACUACUUCCUAGAGGAUGUUUUCCCCAACCAGCCUGGAGGCAAGAGGUUGCUGCUGACCCCCAGUUUCCUCCAGGCGGCCUGCACCUAUCUCUUGAGGCCCAGCACCCCCAGAAGGCUGACCCUGCUCCACUGCAGCCCUAUCAAGUGUCUGCCCACCUCAGCCUGGAGCCCUGCACAGCACAGUUCCCUCUGA